AUGCGACUAACACAGCGCAGAUGGUUAGCUGCACCAACACAAAUAGAGGCAUUGGUGUUGAGUGAGAGAAAGAGGUCAUACAUACGAGCGCUACUAUUCUUCGAUACAGGAGCCCACGUAAGCUUGAUAGAAGAACACGUGGCGGAAUCUCUAGCACUUCCAGUUUUCCAUUCUGAACAGUGUACCCUAUCUGGCAUUGGAGGAAUCACAGAUACUUUCGUCUGCCAUCAUGUCCGAAUGAACAUUCUGAGUGCGCAUGGCAAGGAACUACAGAUUCCCCUACGGACAAAGCCAACACUGGUCGAGGGUUUUCCGUCAGUGCUUCUCACUGAGAAAGACAUCGAAUUCAUGGAGGAAAAUGAUAUAUGCCUUUCAAACAGUCGCGUGCGAGGAGAAAUGCAGAGACCGCACAUCAUUAUUGGAAUAGAUUUGUUCAGUUCCCUGGUCUUAGAACAUGUCCCUCCUGAGGAAAUAAUAUGCGCUCCAGCCGCAGAAGUUGAAGAGAAAGAGGAGAACGGAGAAUUAGUGGAUCUACAGCGAUUCGGUAGCCUGUCGAAAACAUUGAGAGUCAUAGCAUACGUGGCAAAAUUCAUACAACGACUUGUUGAAAGAGUAAAUACGAAGAAAAGUCGUAACAUGCAGCUUCGUAGCGUAUCUCAGUUCGAUCCACAACCAUAUAUUACCAAAAAGGACAUGGAGCUCGCAGAACUGAUGAUCCUCAGGCAUGAACACAAAGCAAUCACCCUGAAGGAAUUGCAAGCUCGCAACAGGGACAAGAACAUCUUCCGAGACGAACAGGGAAUAAUCCAGACCGAACGAACAGGGCCGACAACGGCACUUCCUGCGCCUCCACACAGGCGUCCGACUUUGCCACGAGCCGCAAAAACGAAAGCAUACGAAGCACGGCAGCAAAAACAGCAAGAACGCCUUCGCGAGUGCUCACAGAACGAACAGACGACUCGAACACAAGCUCCUCAUUUAAACGAGAGCUCUAAAAAGGAGAAAUUCCCCAGUCAUAAGAACAUGGAGACCUUACUCUUCCUGACGCUACUCAUGAUAUGUCCAGCGCUCACACACCAAAAGACCAUUAGUUGUUUGAAUGGCUCCGUAACUAUUUGGCCGCCACAGUCAGCCUUUGAACUGUGCUUUGACAGUACAUGCAAGCGUUUUGGCAAACUUACGACCCCACUGCAGUACAAGCUGCCACCUUCUCCCACUAAUUCCGCCAUAAAGGUAACGAUGCGACAUAGGAACGGCACGGAAACACGAUUUUGCCACUCGAUUCCAUUUUGCGAACAUGCGUCCAAGUUUCUGUCGAAACGUUUACUGGCCAACCCACACUGUUGGCCCACAGGAGCGCUGAUAACCUUGGGAGUUAUUCUGUACUUCUUUGCUAGUAUGCUCGUUAUGGUAAUAUGGUUCGUUCGCAACCGUUCGAAGAAAAAGAAGGCUAAAGGAGCUACUGCAAGUCUUUCACCAGGAAUCGAAUCCGUCGAACUUUCGGUCUUGAAUCCACGUCACAAGCCCGCACCAUUCUCGUUAAGUUCGUUUUCUCCUGCGAUUCUCCGACCUUUGCCUAUUACCGUGAUAAUAGGCUUGUGUCUUAUAGUUGCAGUCCAAGCAUGUCAAAACGGAUUCAUACGCCAUUCGAUCGAAUUAACUUGCACAGAUCAUAAUGAGUGCCACUAUGAAUACAGAGACGAGGUACUGUUCAACAAGGUUCAGUCAAGUCUAUGCAUCGAAUUACGCCACUCAAAUGUGAGUGUGGGGUCUAUCAAACUCCAACGACAGCCUCUACAAUUAGAGUGCUCUAAAUUGUCAUGGUUUUGGACAAGAUCAACGCAACAGCAAGUUCGCUACGUAACACGUUGCCGAGGAAUGGGUUCAUGUACCGGCAAUACUUGCGAAUCAUUAGAGCCGAAAAGAGUUAUUCCUGAACUAAACAGUUCCGCGAUGUAUCCGGGAUACUCUGCAUGUUCAGUUCAGUGUAGUGGGAUCAAUUGCAUCUGUGCGAUUCCUAUACGGCCCUGCACGUUUUUCCGUGUUAUCCACGUUCCCAUAUCACCGAACGUGUACGAAAUAUUUGAAUGCUCUGCAUGGGAUCCCAUCAUCAAGAUCGACGCUACAAUUCGCAUCUACAACGAACAGCGAACAGAAAGGCUUACAUUAUUGCCAUACACUACGGCUUCGUUCGGAAAUUUUAACUUCACGGUGAUUUCUCUACAGAAGAUGCAACUACAUCGUCACCAAUUCCGUGCAGACUACGAACGAGACUAUUGCUCUUCCUCCCGACUUUCAUCUUUCCGCGAGGACAGGCACGAUCACAAUUUUCUUCUGCAUAAACGCUCAUUUUUGUGUUGUGAUGUGAGUGGAAAUAGGCCACGGUGUCACUGUCCUCACAACAACCUAUCACAGCUACGCCGAAAUCCUGAUUACGUUCUUUCGAUUUACAAACCACGCUUUACGCUCAGGGGCGUGAAUCGUUCGAUCGUGUCAGAGUCUACCGAAGAGGAGUUGACUUUGGCGAUCUCGUCUACCAUUAACCUUGACAGGGCAACCCUCAGCAUCAGCGAACCAUGUGUUCUGGACAUCGGACCGCUACAAGGUUGCUAUAGCUGCACUCAUGGUAGCCGAGCUUCAAUAUCCUGCUUUACGCUGUCGAAUUCAUGGACCACAAUUAAAUGUGAAAAAUAUGUUUUCUCAGUGGAAUGCAAUCCACACAACAAGACCACACUCCUACACUUAGCAUCUAAUAAGGCAGUAGUUGACUCCGAAUGUUACACUACGUGUGGAGGAAGAAAUGUGUCGGCAAAGCUUCAAGGCAUUUUGUACUACCAUCCCUACGUGGAUACCUCGAACAUCAUGGUAGUCAGCACUUCUGAGGUUCUACCCCAAUUUGAUUGGUUCGACGACUUUAGCCUACCGGACCUUUCGCCACUAUGGCUCGUAGCAGUCAAUCAUUGGAGCUCCCAUGCCACAAAUGCGCCAGAACGUCACCUCCAAUGUGACGAGGAGCAACGCCACCUGGCAUGGCUUUUCGCUUGUAGUCUCUUUUUGUAUUGGGCGCCGAAAAAUCAAGCAGGGUCCAUUCGCAUCUGUAUGGCCGACGACAUCGACCGCGAUAUUCAGCUGAUGGAGCUGGAAUACCGCGCUUCCAUGGAAUCGCUCACCGAAACCGUCUGCCGAAUUUCUAAUCGUCUAGAAGCGGUCCUUUCGAAAGUGUCCCAAAUUCAAGACGACAUUCAUGUGCUAAUGGAGCGUACUGCUCCCACGUCGAAUUGUGCCUUCUGUCCAGUUGGUGAAAAUCUCGACAAUCAUCAUACAGCCCGCUGUCAUCGUCAUCCUGACCCGGUUUCGAGAGCCAUGCGAGCAUCUGAACUACACUUAUGCGUGCGAUGCUUGCGUCCUGAACACGGUGGAAAUUGCAAUGUAACUUGUUCUUUUUGCCGUGGCGGACACAACAACGUGCUAUGCUCGCAAAGAACUGCUGCACCAUUCAAACGCCGUCACCUCUGA